AUGUGGGCGGUGGCGCUGUUGGUGUUUCUGCCUGGUUACCUUCCCGGAGCGCUAGUGCUAGGGCAGCGACUCUGGCGGCAGCGGGACCGGUUGCACGGGGCGAAAAGGGUGCUUUUGGUGGAUAAAGGCAGUUUUUCGCACUCCCAAUUGGAGCUUUUGGCCAGUGUGUGGGAGGAGCUAGUGGACGUCAAUUUGGCGCUGGAGAGCUCGAGGGAGGCUGAAAAUUGGGGGUUUGGCUCGUGGCGAGACGGACAUUUACAUGCGCUAGUUAAAGUCGAACUUUGGGCUUUGGAAUAUGAAAAAGUGUUGUACUUGGACUGCGAUACUCUUCCUAGAGACCUGCCUGGAGGAGGCCUGGUGGGAGACCUUUUGGCGGUAGAGGUCGCGCUGGGGGCAGUGGCUGCUGCUCCAGACGCUGGAUGCCCAGAUACGUUUAACAGUGGGGUGAUGGUGCUUAGGCCGGGGAAAGAGACGUACGAGGAACUUAAGGAGGCUGCUAAGGAAGGCUUUUCGUAUGAUGGAGCUGACCAGGGGUUGUUUAAUAUGGUGUUUAACAGUGACCCAGAUUGGCCUGGGCUCGCAGAAUGGACUUUUUCGCAGCCAGAGAUCAAGGCUCAGAAACCUGGAAGAUGGGUGCCAGUACCGUAUUUGUAUAAUACGGCUGCUGAGGUGGCAGGCCCGGCGCUUGGGUUUUACUCGCUGGCCGCUGAUCGCCAUUUCAAACCGCUGGUCAAGUGUGUGCACUUUAUAGGACCUAGGAAGCCCUGGCAUGGCGGUUUGGGCAGGUAUACCGAUGAAUGGUGGGCUGCAUGGCGGGACUUGGCGGGUGGAAUGUCUGUGGAGGAGUUUACCAGAGGGAAUGUGGCUGUUGUAAAGCAAUUGAGUGUUCCUGGUGUUGGUGGUGGUGCUAUGGAGGAGGAUAAAACAGUGUAUAUUCCUUUGGAGAAACUGUUUUCUGUGGAGCUGGAAUGUGCACCUCCCAUGGCCAAAGUACCUUCGGAGCAUCUGGAAUAUUUACCUCUUCAAGAUGAAAAUCCACUUUUUGUUGCUGAUGUUCCUGUGGUGGAGUCUGGUGGACUCACACCUGCUGAUUUAUGUGAUCCACUUAAGUACAUCGCAGCAUUUGGUCCUACUGUUGAAGAUGCAUCAUGGGACGCUACAAGAGAAGCUCCUCCGAUGGAGGAGCCCAAACAAGAACAGUUUGUGGACGAAAUGAAGGCGUACAGGUCUCAUUGGGAGGAACCAGAGAGGCACGAGCCAGUGGAGAGUAUACUGCCAGAAGUUGUCCAGCCUCCAGAGGAGCCAAAAGUUGAUGAGUUCCAAGAGGUUGUUCCAAAAGCACCACUAGACCCAGUAGAGUUCGAGGAACCAGAAGUCCCCAUAGAGUCUCCACCAGUGCUUGAUAACCUCAGUAUCUUCCAUACCCAGGUCGCUGAGCGUGUCUUCGACGAUAGAUCCAACUACACGCCCCAGCAUAAUCUUCUACUUAGAGAGAAGAAAGAGAAAGCUCUGGAAUUGCCCAAGGUACCUAUUUCGCCAAAGAUACUUGGACCUCAAGUACUAGAAGCAGAGGAGUCACUGGAUAGCGAGGAAGAAGCAGCAGAAGAAGUGCCAAUUACGAGUGAAGCAUCCAAAAAGGACGUUGAAGACCUUGUAGAAGAUCUUCAAGAGGAACCUAAAAAGCCACAAGUCAUGUUGGAUCCGAUUUUCCCAUGGGAGCUUCGUCCAUCCAAGGCAGCUGAAAGAACCUUCAGAUACUAG